AUGGACGAUCUGGGGCCACCUCCAGAUGGAGACGUUAACAAAGGUCCUAUGCUCAAUGCCAUAACGUGGACGGAAUGCGGUGUUGCGCUCGCUCUGGUCCUGGCAAGAAUCAUAACAAGAACCCGAUUAAUACAACGUUGGGGAUGGGACGAUGCUUUCAUGUGCCUGGCGAUGGUAUGCGCGCUUGUGAACACCGUUUGUGUAACGAUCUGUAUCCAUUACGGAACCGGCCGCCAUGUCUACUAUUUAAACGAUUAUCAAAAGGUUCAAGCGAAUAAGUACAAUUGGAUCUCCCAGGGCUUUCAUGUCAUGUCGACGAACUGGGGCAAGGUCUCCAUUGCUUUUUUCCUCCUUCGAAUCGUCGAUAGAGCGAAACGACAGAGAUAUAUCUUCUUUGUUGGUAUGGUUGUACUGACCAUUGUCAACUCCGUCUGCGUGUACACUAUUUAUGGUCAAUGUACCCCGACAACUGCUCUCUGGAAUGGCGUAGGCCCCGGCAAGAAGGGCUCAUGUUGGCAUCCAAAUAUCCAACGGGAUUAUGCAUUUUUCCAGGGUUCCUUUUCUGCCGCAUCUGAUUUAGUUCUUGCUCUCUACCCUGUUUUCAUUAUAUGGCAGCUCCAAAUGGCCCGAAACAUAAAAAUCGGCCUUACGUGUGUUCUGGCCCUCGGCGUUGUUGCCACUGCUGCCGCGGUUGUCAAAACAAUAUUUUUAGCUGAACUCGUCGCCCGUUCCGACUAUACCUUUGAAACGAUAAACCUAACAACCUGGAUCUCAACGGAGCAAUACCUAAUUAUAAUCGCUGCCUGCAUCCCCACCCUAGGCCCUCUCUUCACCGCCACCACCGGCCGCACGCCCUCCGGAAGACGCGCCGGCUCCUCACCGGGCUACAAACCGAGCGGUUCCCACAGUCGACGCUAUUUCCAGCAGGGACAUAGUUCUGCAGGUGCAAGCGGAUUUGGGUACAAGAAGCGCGCAGGAAGCGACAUGCUCACAUACACUAUGGAUGAAUUUACAACGACCACAACUACGAACGAUGGCUGGACGCGGACGUCACCGCCUAACGGACGCAAGAGCGAUGAAGGCAGCGAGGAUGCUAUUAUUAAAGGCAUGCCGGAGACCGAUGUGGUGGAUUUCCGCCAACGCGACCGGGCGGGUAGUAACGAGCGCACCCAGAGCUCUAGGGGAAUCCUGAAGACGAUGGAGGUGCAGGUUAACUCGCAGAACUUGGGGAGAAAUACGCCGCGCCGGCCUCCUGCGAAUAAGAAGGUUCUGCUGCCGUGGGAGCCAACGAGCCCCGCGUGA